GAAAGGAAGAAGCUUUGAGGGCAGGAGAAAAGGUGUUGUGUUCGUCCUUACCAGAAGACAAGACAAGACAAGACAAGAGAAGAGUGUGUGUUCGUGUUAGAUCGGAUUCAAUCCAUCCAAGAGUUUUGUUUAUUCGAUUCGUCGAGCACAAUUUCGAAUCCCAAUUGACGGAAUCAAAAAGCUGCAAACACCAGAAGCAAAUUCGUCGUCAAAUUGAAAAGAGUCAAACUUUGUAACCCAGAAGCAAGCUGGAGAAAAUUCGUCGUCUACAGUCUCUCAUUUGAUUCUUCGAGUUUUCUCUCAAUCAAGGUCCAAUUCGCUCUCAAAACCCUAACUCGGGUUGCACUGACGCCAGUGCUAAGUUUAUGCUGUUACGAGAUAUUGCCCAAAAAGAAGAAGAAGAAGUGCAUGUCCAUGUAAUGGUAGUGCUAGAGUGCAGAUUUUUCUUUGAGUUUAUAGGCCGGCUAUAGUUUGGAGAUAUGCAAAGGUAUCAUCCUGCAAACUGCACUAGUGCAGUCAACAAUAGCGCUACAGGUGGUGGUUCAUCAGGACGAUCUGAUUCCUCUUCCAUUGGAAACUACUCCUUAAACUCCAGGAGGCCACCACCGUUGACACCCUACAAGUUGAAGUGUGAAAAGGACGGUCUCAACUCCCGACUUGGACCGCCUGAUUUUCAUCCUCCAACAUCAACUUCUCCCGAAGAGAACCUAACCAAAGAGUAUGCUCAGUCUGGAUACAAGGAAACUGUUGAUGGACUUAAGGAAGCCGAUGAGAUUAUAUUGACUCAUUUCCAUACUUUUUCCAAGCCUGUUGUCAUAAAGUGCAAAGAGGCUGUCAGAAAGUGUUUUAGAGCUAUCAAUGACUCUCGUGCACUGAAGCGCAAGGCUGGUCAGGUUUAUGGGGUGCCUCUCUCUGGUUCGCUUCUAUGUAAGCCUGGAUUUCCAGAACUAAGAUCCUGUGGGGAGGAGACGAAGAAAAAAUGGAUUGAGAGUUUAUCACAACAGCACAAGCGAUUGCGCUCUUUGGCUGAUAACAUUCCUGGAUAUAAGAGAAAAACCUUAUUUGAAGUCCUCAUAAGGAACAAUGUUCCGUUACCGAGAGCUACAUGGUUUAUAAAAGUGACUUAUCUUAACCAGGUUCGACCUAGUUCCGGGUCUAUUCUUUCAGGGACACCUGACAAAACACAAAUUACUCGGUGUGAGCAAUGGACAAAAGAUGUUGUUGACUACCUGCAAUACCUCUUGGAUGAACUUCUGUCACGGAAUAAUUCAUAUCCUUCUCAGCAAACUAGAGAUAGGUCGCCACAGAUGCUGUACACAGGAUCAAUUCAAAAGAUAAGUCCAGCAUCAGCAAGUCUUUACGGUGAGGAAACAUCUCUGCAUUUUAAGUGGUGGUAUAUGGUGCGUCUUCUACAGUGGCACCUUGCGGAGGGGCUUCUUCUUCCUAAUCUCAUUGUUGACUGGGUUCUCAGACUCUUACAGGAAAAGGAGGUCUUUGAGACUUUGCAGUUGCUACUCCCCAUUGUAUACGGUGUUUUAGAGAGCAUUGUUCUCUCUCAGACAUAUGUGCAGAAUCUUGUGGCUAUUGCUGUCCGUUUCAUCCAAGAACCUGCUCCUGGUGGAUCCGAUCUUGUUGAUAACUCCCGACGAGCCUAUACUCUCUCUGCUUUAACUGAAAUGAUUCGCUACUUGGUACUGGCUGCACCCGACACAUUUGUUGCUUCAGAUUGCUUCCCACUACCUCCUUCCAUAGCAGCAUGUGGACCCAAUGACGUGAGCUAUGCAUCAAAAGCAUAUGAGAAUCUGGAAAAGCUGAGAAGUAAUUCUGCAGAGAUUUCUACCCAGUUUCAAGGGAGAGGAGUUGAUUCUCGUUUUGAGUUUCUUUCUUUUGAUUAUACCAUUUCAACGGUUCAGAGAAGUGCAGAUGAUUUGGCAAAGAUAGCUAGCGCUGGCUAUCCUCAACAUAACGGGGCUAAAGCUGUUCAGGCAUUGGAUAAAGCUUUAUCGGACGGAGAUAUCAGAGCUGCUUACGGUUAUCUCUUUAAAGACCUCUGCAACGGAGCCGUCGAGGAGACCUGGAUUGCUGAAGUCAGUCCAUGCUUAAGAACAUCUCUUAGAUGGAUAGGGGAUAUUAGCGCAUCCUUUGUUUGCUCCGUUUUUUUCCUUAUUGAAUGGGCGACAUGUGAUUUUAGAGAUUUCCGGGAUGGUGAGCCUAAAGAUAUCAAGUUCUCUGGCAGAAAAGAUUGUUCUCCGGUGCAUUUAGUUAUUCAGCUUCUGAAGCAAAAAAGUCUGGGUGGGGAAUUUGCAGCUCGCAGAGGAAAGAACCAUCGCAGCAAUUUUCUUGGUGGGUCGAUGGAUGCAUUUGAAAGUCCGGGCCCAUUACAUGAUAUCAUAGUCUGUUGGAUUGAUCAGCACGAGGUACACAGGGGUGGAGCAAAGCGCUUGCAGUUACUCGUUUUUGAACUUAUACGUUCUGGAAUCUUCAAUCCCGUAGCAUAUGUGAGACAACUCAUACUUAGUGGCAUGAUUGAUGUGAUUCAACCUGCUGUUGAUCUUGAAAGGAGAAUGAGGCAUCAUCGCAUACUGAAACAGCUACCUGGUUGUUUUGUACAUGACACCUUAGAGGAAGCACAAUUUUUAGGAGGAUAUAAGCUUUCGGAGGCUGUGAGAAUAUAUUCAAAUGAACGGCGCCUUCUUCUGCGAGAGUUGCUUGUUGGUAAAGGUAAACAUUUCAAUACUUUAGCUCUGUCAGAUCAGAAGUCAAAGAAAAAAUCCACUUCAUUUCCGCUGGUUGAUUUGCCAAGGACGUUUGAUGCCAUGGGCGAUAGUGAGGGACUUCGAAAACAUACCAAGAGCAGUGUAGAUAUUAGAGAACUGAAGGAGCGCAUAGCAGCCCUGCUGCAGUUUCCCCGUAUGUCUUGCGGUGUGAAAAACCCUGUACCAGAUGAAUUUCAAAGUAGUGUUAAGGGAUCAACUGGAUCUGUGUAUAGCAAGGUGGAUCAACUAGAAGCUACACCAGGGUGUGAAGACUGUAGAAAGGCAAAAAGACCGAAAAUGGAUGAUGAAAAGAGCUCUUGGAGUUCACCAAUUAUAUCAAAUGAAGAAGAUAACUGGUGGAUCAAGAAGGGAUUGAAAACAGUGGAGCCUUCUCUGAAGGUUGAUCCUCCGAUAGAGUUGACUAAACAAGUACCGAGGGGUAGGCAGAAGAUGGCGCGCAAAACACAAUCUCUGGCUCAACUACAAGCUACUAGGAUUGAAGGUAGCCAGGGCACUUCAACUAGUCAUGUUUGUGAUAGUAAAGUAAGCUGUCCUCAUCAUGGCCAUGGAGUGGAAGGAGAAAACCAUUGGGUGGUUGAUGUGUUUAGAACUUCCACCCCUGUGGAUAUUGUAUCUGUUGGAAACUCUUUGAAGCAGCUACAGUUUGUUGAUAAGCGGUCUAUUGCGGUUUGGCUUACAACUGUGGUUCGGCAACUUGUUGAAGAGUCCGAAAAGAGCAGUGUGAAAGUUGGGCAGUUCAACAAAGCUGCUCCAGUUGAAGAGAGUAGGACAACUAGGUGGAAGCUUGGGGCAGACGAGCUAUCUGCCAUAUUAUUUCUCAUGGAUCUCUCUCUGGAUUUGGUUUUAGUGGUUAAAUUUCUUCUUUGGUUAUUGCCAAAGGGCAACAGUAGCCCAAAUUUUGCCAUUCAAGGUGGGAGAAACCUUGUAAUUAUGCCAAGGGAUGUUGAAAACAACACGUGUGAAGUAGGGGAAGCUAUUCUAGUAUCAUCACUUAGGAGGUAUGAAAAUAUUCUACUUUCAGCAGAUCUUGUUCCUGAGACCAUGACAGCUUUGAUGGCACGUGCUGCAUCACUUAUGUCCAGUAAUGGAAAGAUUUCUGGAUCAGCAGCCUUAGUUUAUGCUCGCUAUAUAUUGAAAAGAUAUGGAAGCGUUCCCAGUGUGGUGGAAUGGCAUAGCAAUUUCAAAGCAACAUGUGAAAAGAGGCUUCUUUCUGAACUUGAUCAUACGCGACCAGGAAACGGUGAGUAUGGAAUCCCCCUUGGGGUUCCAGCAGGAAUAGAUAAUCCAGAUGAGUAUUUACGUAAAAAAAUCACUCGUCCUUCAAGAGUGGGGUUGACUAUGAGAGAAGGUGUGCAACGAAAAGUUGAAGAGGCAACUCAGUAUCUCAGAAAACUCAUGGGUACUGGUACCAUGAAAGCCUCCUCACCUGCUGAGAAGAAUGAUUACGGGUAUCAGGUGGCCCAACAAAUUGUAGUUGGGCUAAUGGACUGCAUUAGACAGACUGGCGGUGCAGCUCAAGAGGGUGAUCCCUCUUUGGUUUCUUCUGCGGUUUCUGCAAUAAUAAACAGUAUAGGGAUUUCCAUGGCAAAGAAUUCAGAUCUCUCUGUUCAUCCAUCUGGCGUAGGUUCAUCUAAUAUCGCACGAUAUGUUUUGCAAAUCCAUAUAACCUGUCUGUGCCUUCUUAAGGAAGCACUUGGAGAGCGACAAAGCCGAGUCUUUGAAAUAGCGCUUGCAACAGAAAGUUCCACUGCUCUUUCUGGAGCCUUCGCCCCUGGGAAGGGAUCCCGAAGUAGUCAGCAUCAGCUCUCUCCUGAAUCCUUUGAUUCAAAUGCGAACAUCACCACAAAUGAUAUGCCUAAUGGUAGUGGAAAAAUACCGCUGAGCAGAGCAACAAAAGUUACUGCAGCUGUAUCUGCACUUGUUAUAGGUGCUAUCACACAUGGCGUUAUAACUCUUGAGAGGAUCGUUGGUUUGCUGAGACUAAGGGAGUACUUAGAUUUUGUUCAGUUUGUAAGGCGUACAAAAUCGAGUUCUAAUGGCAGUGCUAGGUCUGUGGGAGCCUCUAAAAUGGAAAACCCUGUUGAAGUUUAUGUACAUUGGUUCAGACUUCUUGUUGGUAAUUGCAAAACUGUUUCGGAAGGGCUUGUUUUGGAGCUUGUGGGAGAAUCUUCCGUGGUGGCUGUAUCGCGUAUGCAGCGCAUGCUUCCGCUGAAAUUGGUCUUCCCACCAGCGUAUUCUAUUCUUGCUUUUGUUCUGUGGAGGCCUUUUGUUUCGAAUGGUAACUCUAACUCCGGCGUCCAUGAUGACUCUCACCGCCUUUAUCAGUCUUUAACAAUGGCCUUCCACGAUGUGAUUAAACACCUUCCUUUCCGAGAUGUGUGUUUGAGAGACACCCAGGGACUUUAUGAACUGAUAGUUGCUGAUUCCACAGACGCUGAGUUUGCAUCUGUACUUGAGUUGAAUGGUUUGGAUAUGCACCUGAAAGCCGUGGCCUUUGCUCCUCUUCGUGCACGUCUUUUCCUAAAUUCAUUAAUUGAUUGUAAGGUGCCAUCCUGUGGUUACUCCCACGAAGGAGGAGGAGUUAGUGAAGCAGCAAAAAACCGACACCAGGGAAAUGGAACCAGUCUUGUGGACAAGCUCGUAUCUGUAUUAGAUUGCCUGCAACCUGCAAAGUUUCACUGGCAGUGGGUUGAACUCAGGCUGCUUCUAAACGAACAAGCACUAACUGAGAAACUUGAAAAUCACGACAUGCCUUUGACAGAUGCAAUACGAUCUUCCUGUCCUACCUCUAAUGAGAAGUCUGAAGCCUCUGAGAAUGAGAAAAAUUUCAUUCAAAUCCUCCUCACAAGGUUGUUAGUGAGAUCUGAUGCGGUUCCACUUUUCACGGAAGUGGUUCAUCUCUUCGGUAGAUCGGUUGAGGAUUCAAUGCUGAAGCAAGCUGAAUGGUUUCUAGCAGGUCAAGAUGUUCUUUUUGGACGAAAAACAAUCAGGCAAAAGCUGAUUAUAGUAGGUGAAAGCAAAGGACUUCCCACGAAACCUCAGUUUUGGAAACCUUGGGGUUGGUGCAAUAACUCCAGUUCUGAUCCUAUCACGGGAAACAAGGCAGCAGCAGGGAAGAAAAGGAAGUUGGAAACUGUAACUUCUAUGGAAGAAGGAGAAGUGAUCGAACAAGGGUUGGGUUCAAAAAAGUUAUUAUUAGAUGAGAAGAAUCGUCUCUGCUUUGGGGUUACAACUGAGAGGGCUUUUGUUAAGCUAGUGCUUCCAUGCAUAGAUCAAAGCUCUGAUGAAUCUAGAAGUACCUUUGUGAAUGAGUUGGUAAAGCAGUUUAGCAGUAUUGAGCAGCAGGUAAGUUCUGUUACCAACCGGAUCACUAAACACAUGGGAACUGCUUCAUCUGGGUCUACUGAGGUUUCAUCAAGUAAAGGAAGUACUCGGAAGGGCCUUCGUGGUGGUAGCCCUAGUUUAGCAAGAAGAUCCGCAACAACAAAUACUACUGACACCGUGCCACCACCUUCCCCUGCUGGUUUGAGAUCUUCUAUGUCUUUGCGGUUGCAUUUUCUGCUAAGAUUACUGCCUGUCAUCUGCAGGGAACCGUCGUUUAGGAACACGAGACACACACUUGCGUCUACUAUAGUUCGUCUGCUUGGAAGUAGGGUAGUUUAUGAAGAUUCUUCUCCGCGUAAUGACUUAUCAAAGUUGGAGACAGAAUCAACAACAGAUCCAUCUUCCAUGGCAGAUCUUUCUAAUGAAGUCUUAUUUGACCGUUUACUGUUUGUACUCCAUGGGCUGUUAAGCAAUCACCAGCCAAAUUGGCUGAAGCCAAGGUCUUCCUCUAAUGAAUCAUCCAAAGACUUUACCUUGUUUGAUCGUGAUGCAGCGGAGAGCUUACAGAAUGAGCUUGCGCGGAUGCAGUUACCAGACACCAUUAGAUGGCGGAUCCAAGCAGCGAUGCCAACCCUUCUUCCUUCUCUGCGGUGCUCUCUCUCGUGUCAGCCACAUUCUGUUCCGGCAACGGCACUCACACUUGUUCAACCAUCUGCUGGUCUCAAUCAAAGAAACUCCCCUGCCAUACCAAAAACCGUAACAGCAGCAGGGCAAGGGAAGUUGAAGCAGACGAUGUUGUCACAGUCUCAGCAGCAGCAAGAAGCAGAAAACACGGAUGUGGUUGUUGACCCAUGGACGCUUUUGGAAGACGGGACGAGCUCAGGUCCAUCAAGCAGCAAUCCUUUAAACAACAGUGACAUGGGCAAUGUUCGAGCCACAUGUUGGCUAAAAGGUGCAGUGAGGGUAAGACGUACUGAUCUCACAUACAUUGGUUCAGUGGAUGAAGACAGCUGAGAAUGAGUAUAUAGUUUCUUUUGAUGAUCAUGAGAGAGAGAGAGAGAGAGGGAGAGAGCUCUGGAAAGUGACAAGCAAAGAAGCUCUUUGGAUCUUCGGUGCCUUAGAAAGACUGUAUCUCAUUUAUUGAGGGGCUGGCUCAUCAUAAGAAGACUGAAGCAGGCAAAGUCCAUUUAUUGAGAGAUCUCUACGAGAGUCUUGUGUGUCUGUGUGGCUUCUUCUUCUUCAGUUCUUUUGUAUUUUAACUACUACUAACUAACCCUUUUUUUGCUUACACCACCCGGACCCAAUGUUGGUUCGGAACCCUGUUGUAUAUAAAUAGGGAUUCAUCAUUCGAUAAUUAGUUGUCUCAAUUAUUAUCAUUGUCUAUCUUCUAAAUAAUAUUACCCUUAGAACU